AUGCAGCAGGAGGGCCUUGCUGCCCUUCAACUGGGGGCGCUGGAUGCCCCCAGGCCCUACCAGUCCGCCCGGAAGGGGCCCGCCUGCGCCGUGUGCCAGUGCAGCCUCCGCGACGCCCGAGUCUUCCACCAGCGCUACCACGUGUGCCCAGAGCACGCCACAGCCGACCAAGUCGUGUUGCACGGCGUACUGCAACGCUUCUGCCAGCAGUGCGGCCGCUUCCACGAGCUCGAGCGCUUCGCCCCCAGCAUGCGCUCCUGCCGCCAGCAGCUGGCGCGGCACGCCGAGCGGCGGCGCCACCGCCGCGCAGUGGCGGCGGCGGCCAAGGCCGCCGCCCGCACGGCGCCGCCCAGCGGCGCCCACCUCUCAGCCCCCGGCGGUGCUGUGAUGCCAGCCCCGCCCACGGCGGCCGCCCCCGGCAGCGGCCUGCCGCUGCCAGACGCCAAGCGGCCUCGCCUCGAGGGCCCCGAGGCUCAGCUGGCGGCGCUGCUGCAGCAGCAGGCGGCGGCGGCUGGCGUGAAGCUGGAGCAGGCCGAUGCGGGCGGCACGGGCAGCGGCAGGCAGCAGGACGGCAGCUGCGCCAGCGUGCAGAGCACGCACAGCACGCACAUCAACAACACUGCCGACGGACUGGACGCGCUGCUGGCGGCGGCGCAGGAGGAAGAGCAGGAGGUGGGGCAGCAGGCGCGGGCCGCGGCCGCCGCCACCAAGCCCGCCAAGCCCGCCGCAGCGGCCUGGCCGCCCGCCGCCGCGCCGCCGCCCGCGCCGCCGCCGCCGCCGCCGCAGUGGGCGCCGACGGCGCCGGCGCUGCCGCCGCUGCCGCUGCCCGAGACGUGGCAGCCGGCGCAGCCGGCCUGGCAGCAGCAGCAGUGGGACCAGCCGCGCUUCCCUCCGGCGUGGGAGGCGCCGCCGGCGCUGGCGCAGGCGCAGGCGCAGGCGCAGGCGGGGUGGGAGCUGCCGCACUUUCCACCCGCCUGGGAGGUGCCGCAGACGAUACCGCUUUACCUGCCUGCCUUCCGUGUAACAUAUGCGUACUCUGGGCCAGAGGCAGUGAUGUGGCAGGACGGGUGA